ACCCGGCGGCGUGUGUCGCGCGCGGCUGCGGCGAGAGACGGGAACGACUUCGACUCGGUCGCGCACGCUUGACGUGUAUACGCAAGUUCGACGAGUUUCUCAUUCUUUAUUACGGAAGCGUCGGAAGCAUGUUACGCAGCGAUCGUCUUCGCGUAGCGCGAGUGCCGUGAGGUGAACGAUCGCGCGUUGUGUGGUUACACGUUACCGUUUACGACAGUGUUCCCGCGGGACAAUCCCCACGACACUCGUCUCGUCGCGCGAGAAUCAAUAUGCGGGGAACAGCGGCGACGGCGACCCGUUGACAACAGAUCCUUGGGGCCAAACAAAAUGGAUCAAUACCGAUACGUCGCGGCGAAGGGCAACACGUAGAAACGACGAGAGCCACGUAUUUCACCGCUGGGAUGGAGAAGUUGGACAACCAGCAGAAGACCUGGAAGAAGAAAAGCAUGAAGUCGAACGCGGUCGCCGAAGUGGCAACGCAAUGCGUGCAGGUGGUCGUGCGAUGCCGACCGAUGGACGAGCGAGAGAUCGCUCGUGGUUACGGUCGUGUGGUCGACGUGAUUCCGACCAGAGGCGCGGUUGAAGUGCGGCAUCCGCGCGACGAUCCGUCCAGUGAGACCGUCAAGGUAUUCACCUUCGACGCGGUGUACGACUGGAACUCUACUCAGCAGGAGCUGUACGAGACGGUCAGGCCCCUGGUUUCUUCGACACUCGACGGCUUCAACGGUACUAUCUUCGCCUACGGGCAGACCGGCACCGGGAAGACGUAUACCAUGGAGGGCUCGAAGACGGAUCACGAGAGGCGCGGCAUCAUCCCGCGCUCUUUCGAGCACAUAUUCAAUCAUAUCGGCAGGUCGGAGAACAUGCAGUAUUUAGUGAGGGCCAGCUAUCUGGAGAUUUAUCAAGAGGAGAUACGUGAUUUGCUGCAUCCGGAUCAGAGUCUACGCUUCGAGCUGAAGGAGAAGCCGGACAUUGGGGUGUACGUAAAGGACCUGUCGACUACCGUUUGUAAGAACGCGGCGGAGAUACAGCAUCUGAUGAACGUGGGUAAUCAAAACAGAACGAUCGGUGCGACGAACAUGAACGAGCACAGUUCGCGAUCGCACGCGAUCUUCCUCAUUACCAUUGAGAUGGGCAAUAUUGGUGACAUCGGUGGUAUCAGAGUCGGACGCUUGAAUCUAGUCGAUCUCGCGGGCAGCGAGAGGCAAAGCAAAACUGGCUCGUCGGGAGAGAGAUUGAAGGAGGCGAGCAAGAUCAAUUUGAGUUUGUCGGCCUUGGGUAACGUAAUCUCGGCGUUGGUGGAUGGUAAAACUACGCAUGUGCCAUAUCGAGACUCUAAGCUGACAAGAUUACUGCAGGACUCUUUAGGUGGUAAUUCGAAGACGAUCAUGGUAGCGAAUAUCGGGCCGGCCAGCUACAAUUACGACGAGACUUUGACGACUCUACGAUAUGCUAGUCGUGCUAAGAAUAUCAAGAACAAGCCUAGGAUUAAUGAGGAUCCGAAGGAUGCUUUGUUGAGGCAGUAUCAGGAUGAAAUAGGUCGCUUGAAGGAGAAACUCGCCCAGAAAGGUAUAGUUCAACGAAAGAAGAAGAGGGUGAAAAGGAAAAAGGACGACGAGACAAUCGAUUCGGAAUCUGAAGCGGAUGACAGUCGAGGCGAGGACAAUAAAAUGUCCGAGACUGACAAGAAACUCAUAGCGGAGCAGUUGAAGGCAGAGAAACAAGAGACCGAGACUCUCGUUCAAAGAAUAAAGGAUUUGGAGAGCAAGAUGCUUUGCGGUGGUAAGAAUAUAAUCGAUCACACGAACGAACAGCAAAGGGCAUUGGAGCAAAAGGCGGCUGAGAUUGCGGAACGUAAGAGACGCGAGGUCGAGAUGCAGCAGAAGUUGGAAGACGAAGAGUUGACAAUGGUCGGUGUGAGGGAAACCUAUACCACGUUGCAGCAGGAGGUGGACGUAAAGUCCAGGAAAUUGCGUAAGUGCUUCACCAAGCUGCAAGCUCUAAAGCAGGAGUUAGAGGACGUGACUAGUGACUACAACAGGGACAGACGGGAUUUGGAGCAGGAGCAGCACGAAUUGAUGAAGGAGCUCAAACUCAAGUAUCUCAUAAUCGAAAACUUCAUUCCCGAAGAGGAGAAGGCGAAGAUUUUAUCCAGAAUUCAUUUGGAUGAAGAAGAAGAUUGCUGGGUCAUAAAAGAUCCCGAGCCAUCGAACAUAGAUGCCAUCAAGCGACCGACUUCCGUUCCAGGUGCGCGUAGACCGGUCUCGGAAUACGCGCGGAUCGCUCUCGCGAUGGGACGAGGAUGCCGUUACGCGGGCGAGAACAUUCUGAACUUGGACCUCGAUAUGCCGGCACGGACAACUUUAGAUUAUCAAGGACCCGCGAUCGCACCGACAAUUCAAGCCGUUCUGGAGGAAGCUCUGCGCGACGAGGGCGAUAUCGAUGUUGAUGCUUCGAGCACGAGGCUGAGAAGCAAGUCGCGGUUGCAGUCGGCGCGAGUAAGACCGAAAAGCGUCACCAAGAUGCAGCAGAUCCCGGCACCGGUUUACCCCAAAACCAGAGGCCUCGUACCGAAGUAAAUAAAAUCGUUAACCCCGAUCGCGGCGUGCUUCUUUCUUUCGUUUGCAAAGGGGAAUGUACAUAUUGUAUCUUGUGCUUUAUUUAAUUCUUCGUGGUUACCUCGAGGUACACGGACAAAGAACAAAAUAUGUCUGCAAUUCUCUAGUCAUUGUGCAAUGCGUAAACAUAUAUCGCUACGUCGAGCAUGUAACUGUUGUAAUAAUGCAGUAUAAAAUAGCUCCUAAAAUUUC